GUUGUUUUACGGAAUUUUGACAUCUCAUACUAAUAACGAGAAAAAAAAGAUUUGACAUUUUUCAAGAAAAAAAUUUAUUCAACAAUUGUUUAAAAAUUAUUUUUAUGAAAAAUUCUCUGUUUUAAGAUUCAACAAAUGAAAUGCUCUGUAUGAAGUCCCGCAGUAAUAUUUGGAGAUUUCAACACUUUCUAACAAGAUUCUUUUCAUCGGACAAAGGAGGUGGUGGUAAGGAUGUGCCAAAAUGUGGGAAUGUAAACAAAUUCAAUUCGUGUUCAUUGGAUCCAUGUAUGUUGGAUCCAUGCAAACCGGAACCAACGGUUGUGAUUAUUGGUGGUGGAAUGGCUGGCCUUUCAGCGGCACAUCGAUUGGCUCAAUGUGGAUUGCAAAAUUUCACUGUUCUUGAAGCUACUGAUCGGCCAGGAGGAAGAAUACAUUCGUGUUGGUUGGGCGAUGUGGUGGCUGAAAUGGGUGCAACAUGGAUUGAAGGAGGAUGUGUGGCAAAUCCGGUAUUUUCCCUAGCAGCCCAAGAGGGACUUUUGAAACCACCACUUUUUCGUCCAGACGCAAGUCGAGGACUAUUUUGUACCACUGAUGGUCGUGCUAUUGAUCUUCCAGUUAGCAUUACAGCUUAUCAUACAUUUAAACAAAUCGAACAACAAGCGGCUGCAUUAUUUUCAAUUGGCUGUGGUAAAGGUCAUGGAUCAUUAUUAAAUUUUAUGGGCGUUCGAAUACAACAGGAACUUCACAAUUUUCCCGAAGAACAACGAUACGAUGCAGCUCGCGUAAUGUAUGGAUUGACAAAUUGUGUACGAUGUCGUUGCGGUGAUGAUCUCUCAUUAGUGUCAGCCGAUAAUUUUGGUAGUUACAUUGAAAUUCCCGGCGGCAAUGUGAGAGUACCAUUGGGUUAUGUUGGUGUAUUGGCGCCAUUAUUGAGAGAUUUGCCAAGUUGUGCAAUUAAAUAUUGUAAGCCAGUGAAUUGUAUUAGAUGGGGAGCUGUUAAUGAUUCAUGUCCAAGAGCAGUUGUUAAAACAUGUGACGGUGAAGAAUUUCCCGCUGAUUAUGUAAUUGUCACUGUUUCACUUGGUGUAUUGAAACAUCAACAUGAUAAACUUUUUUGUCCCGCAUUACCAGCUGAGAAAGUUGAGGCCAUUUGUAAAUUGGGCUAUGGUUAUGUUAAUAAAAUUUUUCUCGAAUAUGCAAAACCAUUUUGGGUAUGGCGAGAAGGUGGAAUUCGAUUUGCAUGGUCUGCUGAUGAAUUGUCCGAUCGCAGUGAUUGGGUUAAAGGAAUAUCAAACGUAGAGGAAAUUGCAAGUUCGCAGCAUGUGCUUUGCGCCUGGGUUUGUGGAAAGGAAGCAGCGGAAAUGGAAUUAUGUUCAGAUGAACAGGUAGUGAAUUCAUUAACACAGGUACUGAGAAAAUUCACAGGAGAUCCAACUCUUCCGUAUCCGACGAAUCUUCUCAGAAGUAGAUGGUGUAUGGACCAACAUUUUGCUGGAUCGUAUAGCUAUAUGGCAUUGGACAGUAAAGUCGGUCAUCAAUGUGACCUUGCUUCUCCCCUUCCAGGAGCUUGCGAGCCAGUUGCACCAAUUUUAUUGUUCGCUGGGGAGGCAACAAUUCCGGGACAUUAUAGUACGGUACAUGGGGCGAGAUUAAGUGGAAUCCGCGAAGCAGAAAGAAUAGUUCAAUUAACAAAACGUUAUGGUGGUCCACCGGGAAAUUUAGCGGAAGCAACAGCGUCAAAUUGUUCUUAAAUAAUAAUUGUCAUACAUUGUAAAUCGAAUUUUUUUCUCAAAAUACGAAAUUACAAUAUUCCGUUAUUUUUAAUUAAUUCCACUUUUUUGGCAAAAAAUUAAUUAUUAAAAAUAUUUUUCCAAAGAA